AUGGAGAUUGUUGAGAAUGGUAAGGAGACUAUCAAGAGAGAGCAAGCACUUACCGUAGACGCUGCUGUGGAUGAUCAGCUCUCUCUUUGGGGCCUGUACGACUUAGGCGACAUAAGUAGUGGCCAUGGAAAGAGACAGCGAGUUGGCGAUGACGACGAUGAUGAUGACCACAGCGUUGACGACGAGGAGUACUUCAGAAAUCUGCCACUUGGGUAUGGGUUCUAUCCCGAAGACGAUGUGCUAAUUGAGGAGUACUUGAAGCCCAAGCUGUUUAACCAGCCCCUCCCAAGAAACCUGAUAAACGACAUUGACAUAUAUCUCCACAGCCCUGAUUUUCUUGCAGAAACGUACAAACAUUGUGGAUGUGGAGAUGAAGAAGAUGAUGAAGAUCAAAUUAAGGAAUGGUACUAUUUUACUCCAAGAUAUCGAAAGUAUCCAAAAGGAAAUCGUCCAAGGCGAUCAGCGGGAGAUGGAUACUGGAAGGCAACCGGAAGAGAGAGGCAAAUUAAAGAUAAGGUAAAGAACAUUAUUGGGUUUUGGAAAACACUGGUGUUCUUCAAAGGAAAACCUCCAAUGGGUCAGAAGACCAACUGGAUUAUGCGUGAAUAUAGGCUCAAUAAUCCUCCUCCUCUCAGACCAACCAAUGACAUCAUGAAACUAGACGACUGUGUUCUAUGCAGGAUGUAUAAGAAGAAAGUAUAUUUAAAUGAAUCUAAAUCCAAAUCCCCUAUUAAAGGCAAAGAUCCAAAGAAAGUGGCAACCAAAUCCACCACAUCUUUGUCGAAUGGUGCACCGCAGCAAUCCGAAUUGAUUGAUCCACCUCCGUCGUUCGAUCGAAGUUAUCAUGUAGGUGAAUCCUCCACAUCUUUGCCACCUUGCAACUCCAUUGGUGCUCCACGGCAGUCCCAAUUGAUUUAUCAACAUUCGCGGUUGGAUCAAUCCUCCACAUCUUUGCCGCCACCUUACAACUCAAUUGGUGCCCGGGCCCCGCAACUUCCACAGGACCCUGCAAAUGAAUCAGAAGUUGUAUUUGAUGAUAUGCCUUCAUUUUAG